GCAUUAGUCAUCAGCUGCAAGUAACCUCAAAUCGAAGCGGCGACUGAUUUGCCUUAUUUAUUUGUUAAAUUCACUAAGUUUGCACAAUGAGCCGCAACUACAAGGAAGAUCAGACCAACGAAGUCGAGGCGCUGGACUCCAUAUACUGUGGCGACAUGCAGAUUCUCGCCACGGAGCCACACCACAAAUUCCAAAUACCCAUUGCCACGGAGGAGUACAAUGCGGAGGAGCCCGAAAACGGGCUGUCCUGCAAACUGGUCUUCACAUACACAGCCACCUAUCCGGAUGGCGCACCCGUGGUGGAAAUCGAAGAGCCGGAAAACUUUGAGGACUCGUUCGAAACGCGCCUCCUAGAACACCUACAGAAGGCAAUCGAUGAGAAUCUUGGCAUGGAGAUGAUCUUCUCGCUGGUGAGCAGCGCACAGGAGUGGCUGAACGAGCGGUGGGACGAGCACAAGUUCCACCAGGAGGAGCUGAGAGAGCAGAAGCUGCGGGAAGUGGAGGAGGAGGAGCGCAAGAAGUUCGAGGGCACCCGGGUGACGGUCGAGUCCUUCAUGGCAUGGAAACUCGAUUUCGAGGAGAGCACCGGCAUUGCGGCCAAGCGGGAGAAGAACAAUGUGUCCAAGAAGCAGACAGGUCGCGAACUCUUCAUGUUGGACACCACGCUCAACGAUUCCGACAUCAAGUUCCUCCUGGAGGCGGGUGAAAACAUUGAAAAUGUCAAAAUCGAUGAGGCCCUGUUCCAGGACCUCGGGGAGUUGGAUUUGGAUGAUGAUGACGAUGAGGAUUGGGUGCCCGGCGCAGACGACGACGAUGAUUAAGUUAAAUGGUUCUCCAAGGCAUAUUCGUGUAUUGUAUAUAACAUUAAAUGCCAACUCGUUUAUUAAUCUAA